CUACAUAUGAAAACAUCCGGUAAUCAUUGCCAGGUCAUGAUUUCCAUGCGUGAAUUAGAUCAAGGCUCAUUAUCGCUCAAAUUUGAAGAUAUUUAAUAUGAACAGGGUAGAUAACAUCAUAUUAAUAGCAACUGAGAAUCUAUACACGGCACAGUUAGUUUGAUGGAUAUCAACAAGACAAGCUCUGUGUAAUAAUGGGAGUGAAAGGAUUAACUACAUUUGUUGAUAAUAAUCCAUCUUUAUUAAAAGAUUAUCAGUUAUAUUCGUGUAAAGUCAUAUUUGAUGGCAAUAAUUUAUAUCAUUUUCUUUACCACAGAUAUAACAUUAGACAGCAAUUUAACGGCGAUUAUUUUAAUUACGCGAAGAAAGUCAAACAGGUUUUUGUAAAUUUGAGAAAAUGUGGUAUAGUUCCUUGUGUUGUUUUCGAUGGUGGGUAUAAUACAGAUGACAAAAAGCAUCAAACUGUUUUGGAAAGAGCUCGAGAUCGUCUUCGAAUAUCUGGUAAAAAUUCGUUCAGAGGAUCUAAAAAUCUUCUGCCAAUAUUGUCCUACGAAACAUUUAGAACUGUAUUAGACGAUUUAGGAGUCAUACACGUAACUUGCGAUUAUGAAGCUGAUGAACAUAUCGCUAUAUUAGCUAAUAAGUGGAAUUGCCCUGUCAUCAGUAAUGAUAGUGAUUUCUAUGUAUAUAAUAUUAAAGCCGGCUUCUUCCCCAUGGAUUAUGUCGAUUUUCGCAUUAAGCAAAAAUUUACAAAAGACGCCACAACCGGUAACAAACGAAAUCAGUUAUAUAUAUUGGUACAAAAAUACCACCAUCAGCAUUACUUUGACGUUUUUGGCAAAUUCAAUCCGUCUUUAAUUCCCUUGUUAGCAACUGUCUUAGGAAAUGAUUUUGUAAAUGGCAAGGUAUUUUCAUAUUUUAUGAAAAAGUUUAAAAAACCAGAUACCAAAAAGUCUAAGAUAUCAAAUAAGCGGUCAAAAGCACAUUCUUUAAUCUCCUGGCUUAAGAGUUGUGCGUCAACUGAAGAUGCUAUUCAGCAAAUCUUAGACCAUUUUCCUCCUGAAAGACAAUCAUUUCUAGAGAAAAUCAUACACGAUUCCAUUCAUUCUUACACCAAAAUAGAUUCAGACCAAACAUUCUUGGAGAAAUAUUUAGAAUCCGAGUUUGAUAUUAACUCAGUGAUGUUAAAUGAUUAUUUUGGAAAUGGUUUGCCGGAGUGGAUGAUGAGAAGCUUAUUGAAAGCCGAAUUAUCGCCAUUUAUUCAGAAUGCUCUUGUCUUGCGUCGUGUGAUUCUUCAGUGUCAAGUAGAAGAUUUGAGAAAAGCGUCUUCACAUGAAAUAUCCAAACCUAUAAGACGUGUGAUUUAUGGUAUAUUAUUUAACUCC